AUGGGUAAUUGGUUCGGGAACCUUGACCUUGCCUACAAGUACACAGUCGUAUUCGUAUCGCUGUUGGUUCUGACAAUCCUUGCUGGAUUGAUCAAAGUGUUCUUCGAUCGUAGGAAGUUGAAAAAACUUGUGGCGAAACAGAACGAAGAUGCAGGCAUCAGAGAAGAAAGGGUGGAAUUGACAGGACGGGAGAAGGAUGAAGGUGAUUACUUUGGCAUCCGUGCUUUGGAAGCAGGCUUCUACGCUGGCGUGGCGCAAUCGCGCCCAACUUCAAGAGCAGGCUCGGUCGCUGGAAGCCCCUACAUGAGCACCAGCACCCUCGUUGGCGGUGCUGGGAACCCCAAGGACUCGAUGAACAGCAGUGUCACUACGCUCCCACUUGCCCACACUAAAGAGCGCAAUCAGAACAGCUUCCGCGACUCUGAUACUCUGCCAUCGCCUCAGUCUGAGUCCCCACCGCGAAUGAAGUCACCCCCGGCUAUCAGACUGGCACCCUCAACCGCUGAGCUGACUGGAAGGCAUCGCCUUAGCGAAGCGGUCGACAUGAACCUGAGCGUUCCUCCUUCCCCGACCGUCUCGCGAGGACCAUCGUCUCCUACAUUUGGUGGCUCAGAAAGUGGCGACAGUGACGGACAUCUCUCGCCGCGCUCGCAGCGGUCACCUACCUCCUCCAGCUUCACGAAGCUCGAGCAUUACUCGCCCAACCCGCCGCAGCUACCGAUGCCACAACCAGAGGGCUUCCGAGCAUCGUUUGUGUCGGUCCACGAGCAAUACCUGUCGCAAACGGGCUCUCUCCUUAUGGCUUCGCCUUCAGCUAGCGGGUCUACCUCACCAGCUCUUCCUUCUAUGCCCGGCAUCACGCUGAAUGAUGGUGACGCUGCUCCACCCUCUCCCGUUCGGCUGCUUCCAAAGACGUACCAACCGUCCCACCAACGUGACGACAGCGGUUCGAGCAGCAUUUACAGCGAAAAGCGGCACAGCACCAUCGAGAACGACUCCAAUCGCAAAUCCGGCAUUGCACCUUUCCCCAACAAGGAUGACAACCGCAAGACCCUCCUCCUUGCACCAGGCGCUGCUGGCGAAAAUCGGUACAGCGACAUUUAUGAUGCGUACUACCGCCAGUCUCUGCUCAACCCCGGCCAGAAUGCCAACAAUGCAUCACGACCUGACGAUGAACUCCACCUCGAGAGUAAGGCAGGUGCGGGUAUGGCAAUGUGA